CUUGACCUUAGCCAGGAAGGAUCCAUACACACGUGUUUAUGUUUUGACUGGUUGAGUUGAACAGAUAAUAAAUGCAGGUGAUGAGGAUUUCUUUUAACUAAUCACUUUGAAGAUGUCUGGACCUCGUUUGCCAUGGAGAGGAGGAGGAAGGGGAAUGAACAGCAACCCUUGGGGGAUGGGUCGAUUCUCCGCUCCACCCCCAGGGCCACGCCCUCCAAUGAUGCGUGGACAGGAACCAAACAACUGGCGAAGCCCUAACAGUCGACCUAUUGUUCGCUAUGAUAUGGGACCAUUUGAUAUGGCUCCUAGAGGCAUGAGACCAGGAUUCUAUCCCAAUUCUGGUCCUCGUAUGAUGAAUAUGUCGGGUUGCCGACCUCCAAAUCCAAAUAAUUUUCAGCAUGGUGGACACUUACAAAAAUCUCAAGAUCAAAAUGGUUUCAGUAAUCCUGGGAUGAAUUCACAUGGACAACAACCCUUAGGCUUUAAUCAUACAGAAAAAUGUAAUGGAAAUAUGCCAAAUCGGCCCAACAAUAAUUACAGAGGAAGUGUUCAAAAUGGUGAAAGUUUUAAUGAUAAAAGACUUUCUGGAAAUGGACCAUAUAAAGAACAUAAUAGUGGCCAAUCUGGCAACUUUCCAACAAACAAACGGUUCCAAGGAAACUGGAAUCAAAACAAGAAGCCAAAAAAGCAGAAAAUUGACAAGAGAGAGCUUCCAGAGAAUAAUAAAUUUUCCUGUGAUAUUUGUGAAAGAGGAUUUAAAACAGAAGAAAAAUACAAGGAACAUGCGGAUGGUCAUGUAAAGUGUACAUAUGAAGAUUGCUCCUAUGUAGCUGCUCCAAAACUGGUACAACUCCAUGUCCGAAUGCAACACUACUCCGGUCUUGCAAAGAAAAUAUGGUCAUUAGAAUCCAAAGAAGACAUUGAAAAGUGGCGAGCUGAACGAAGGAAAAAUUUCCCCACAGCAGAAAAUGUGGCAAAGAAACGUGCACUGUUCGCAGAAAGGAAAGCUAGGGGAGAGGUCCUGGAGACUAAACAGUUUGGUAAAAUGAAGGGACAAAAUAGGAACCAGAAUCAACAGGAGAACCGACGGAAUAGAAGGAAGAGGAAAGGUCAGAGGUCAGAAGACAACGUCGAGGGUGACGAAAAGAAAGCUAAGCUGGAUGCUGUGGAGGUCAAGAAUUCUACAGAAGUCAAAUCAGAGACACCAGAAACUGGUACCACCACCACCAGUAAUGUAGAUCCUUUGUCUGUCCUGCUUACAGACUCAGAAUCGGAUUGUGAUAACGGGGAGACCAGUCCUGUAGCCAAGCCUGUAGGGAGUGGAGCAGACGACGAGACACAAUCUGGGCUCCAGGGAGGCCUGGGUAUGAUCCUUGCUUCCUACGGAGCAGACACUGACCAAGUCGCAGACAAAAACACUGAACCAGACAUUAAAGAUGGAGAUAUGGAGAAUACCUGUGAUAACAAGACUUCAAACAAGCAAAGUCCAAAUAGGAAUAAGAAAAAGGGAGGUAAUUCAAGGAAAGGCAACGUUCCAAACAAACACACAAAAGUUGAAAAGAAGAAAUGGAAAAACAACAAAUUGUUUAAUAAUACAAAAUCAUCUUUAUUGGAGAAGUUGCUUGCCAAAGAAAUCCGACACGAAAGGAAUGUGAUCCUGCAGUGUGUCUAUUACAUUGUGAAAAAUAAUUUUUUCGGAGCUGGCAAGUCGACAUCCUCUAAAGACUAUCAGAAAGACAGUUGUGGUCGUACAACACUGAAAGUAGGCCCUGCUAUUGACGAUGAAGCUUGUAUGUGAAACAGAUCAGCAGUAUUUAUUUUGGAUUCGGACAGAGCACACAGAUUGAUAAUAAUCGGAUAAAUUUAUCCGUUUAGAAAUUACGGAAUCGCUGAGAACAUGGCUACUAAGUGGUUUAAUUUCUUAAGUUAUUUUAGUUUAUUGUUAUACAAACAGUUGGACCAAUUGAUGGUUUAUGAAAUAAGGAUAGGCUUAUGAAGUUUAUAUAUGUUGCUUUCAGGUGAGCCUUGACAAAGAUUUUCAAGGUCUGUUUCAACAUACGUCAAGAUUUAUGCCUGAAAUAUGCAUUUUAAAAAAGGAGACAAAGCUUUUUGUCUACAUAUACAAACAGGCCCUAGGUCUUGUUGUUACAUCCUCUUGUUUUUGUUUGAGAGCUCUGCUAGGACAGUGUCUUUGCUGUCUGGCUAUGACUGAAAUCUCAAUGCUUGAUCUGGUGACUUGUUUAAUACAAGAUAUACACAACUAUUUUGUCCCAGUGAAUAUAGCAUUCAUCCUGUUCUUCCUGUGCCAAGUAAUGUAAUUCCUUCGUAUCAGCGAUGUCAUUUCUAGGAUGUUAAUGUUUCAUGUAUUGCAUCACUGGAAACCAACACUAUACUGUAAUCCACAUAUUUUAACGGAGACUAAUUUUCACAUUUUCAUGCCUAACAACGUUUCUUCAGCAAUUUUCAGUCAUAAAAGGCCCACUGUAUAUGUGAUUGAAAUUAUUUUGCGGCAAUUUAUUUUCUUGAAUUUUAAUUGCCCACGAAAUACGUGAAAAUACGUUGUGUUACAGUAUUACACAAGUGUUCAAACUCACAGGUUAGAAUUAUCUGUGAACUUGCAGUGAACUUUUACAAGAAAGAUCAGCAGGUGACCUCUGCAUGUAAGAUAUGUAUUGUAUGCAGUUGAUGUCUGACAUUCCUUAAGCAUAUACUACUCGCUGUAUUCAAAAAUACAUGUAUAUGAAGUAUUUCAUUAUUAUUAUUUAAGAAUAAUAAUACAUGAAUUAAGUAAUAUCAAUGUUUGUCAAUAUCAUUAAUACAUUAAAUAAUUGCGCUAUGAUUUUAGACAUUGGUAACAAAACUUUAUAAUUAUUUUAAAUCGUUUCCAAAUUGUAAUUUAUUUACUGGAAACAUAAGUUUUAAAAUAUGUUGUUUAAUGAAUGACAUUUGUUCUAUCUCUGUAUACUGUACUUACAAAGUUUGAAUGCUUUUAGUUUCCCGUGUGGAAAUUUUUACAAACAAAAUUGACAAGUACAAAAUUUGUUACCUAUUAUACAUUACAAUCAGUGUUGUUCAGAUUAAAAUAAGGUCAUAACUCUUUAAAUAUGUUCAGGUAAGAUUGAAAUUCAAAUACAUAUUGAUCUUUUAACGGAUGUAUUGUAGCCAUGAUGUUUUAUUCAUGAGUGUAACAGUGUUGCACAAGUCUGCACAAAAUUACAGGGCAACAAAUCUUACAACUUGCGUAAGUUUUUACAGGAGAUUCACCCAGUUUGUGUAUUUGAAAUUAUAUAUUGGACCAAAGAUGGUGAAUUAAGUAUUUCAAUGAGCAAUAAACAAGAUGAAAUAAGAUACUCACAUCAAGUCCAAGUUAUUGAAAAAAAAUGUUCUAUUAAUGAAAUAUAUUCAUAUUUUAUUGCUUGUACUGUUUUGUAAAUGGUACUUUUUCCCUCCAUCAUCAGAUUCAAAUCGCCCUGUAUCCAUGGGUCCAUCUGUUCAUAAACAAUCCUUGUUAUCGCCAUUUCUUGAGAAGUACUGGAAGGGUAUUUCUCUAACUUCACAUGUAGAAUCUGCUUGGUCCCGUGUUGUGCCCAUUUAAUUUUGAGUGUGUUCAGGAAAAGAAAUGGCCGACGGGCAGCCAUCUUGAAUCUUGGCAGUUGAAGUUUCUUGAAAAGUACUUGAGGUAUAUUUCUCAACUUUGACAGGUAUGUUCCCCUUGGUCCCCAGUUGUUCCAGAUCAUUUUUGAGUCUGGUUGGGAAAACAAAAUGGCCAAAAGGUGGCCAUCUUUGAUUUUGACAGUAGAAGUAUUGUGAUAACUUUUUCUUGAGAAGUAGUACUGGAAGAAUAUAUCUCAAUCUUGGUAUGUAGGUUCCAGUUGGUCCCAUGUAGUUUUGUUAAAAUGGAAGAGUGGAAAGAAGGGGAAAGUGGAGAAAAGAUCAGUUUUUCAAAGGACCGAUAAAGAUGAUUCAAUGGGGAGGGGGCAACAAGAUCUCUGUGGGAUCUCAUUUAAUUAUUUUAUAAGAUUUUGUUUAGGAAUAAGAACUUGAACAAUAAUAUGCUCAGAUGCUACACCGUUGACAGCAUACACACUGAUGAUCACAAGCAUAAAAUGGCACAAAGAGUAGAAAUAUAUCUAAUUACAGUAAUUAAUGAGAAAAAUAACAAAAACAACAUCUGAAGAGUUACAUUCAUAGAUUGAAUUUCUCAGGAGUUAUUUACUUUGGAUUUAAAAUAAGAAUUAGUGUGUUAGGGAGGGUGGUAAUUAUGCAAGUAUGUAACUUUAAAUAAAAGUAUACAAUAACAUAAUACAAACAUGCAUGAUUACUCUUUGAAUUGGAUAACACAGAACUUUUUCACGGACGUUGGAUCUCCCACCUCCCAUAUAAUUACCCUUUGUUGAAAGUGUAGCAGCUUUACUUGGAUUUAACUAAUAUGCAACUAAAUAAGACAAUAGAAUGUUUUAGAUGCCGACGUACCUGGUAUAUCAUCUGCUUAUAGAACGGACUGUUCUGGCAUAUAAAGAACAAGGCACCUAUGGUAAUGUUAAGCUAUCUGCUUUAUGUAUGAACUAUAUAUAUAGAGCAUGUUAUAGACAUUGAUAUAUACAUGUUGUUAUUGUUACAGCUUUUCAGUAAUAAAACAUAUAUUAAAAUGAA